AUGGCUAGAGAAGAUACAGAAUUCAAGAAAUAUGCCACAGAAUAUGAUCCUAUUAAAAUUGGUUCCAUUGAUGGAACGGACGCGGAACCUCACGAUCGCGCAAUUCUCCGUGCUUUACACUCUGAGUACAAUCCUAGCAAACUAGCAAAAGGAAACCCAAACCAUACUCUUUUCGUAGGAAGACUCAAUCCUAGAACUACAGAAGACACAAUAAAAUCCGAUUUCGCACCAUUUGGAAGAAUAGUCAACUGUCGUCUUGUCAGAGAUAUCGUCACAGGGAAAUCUAAACAAUAUGCAUUUGUUGAGUACGAAAACAGCGGCAGUUUGGAGAGGGCUUUGAAAGAAAUGCAGAAAGAGUACAUCGAUGGAUCGGAAAUAAUAGUGGAGCGUGAGGCAGGGCGAAGUAUGAUUGGCUGGCGACCACGACGGCUCGGCGGCGGCUUCGGCGGAAGGAAAGAGUCCGGUCAACUGCGGUUUGGUUGUCAGGAUAGACCUUUUAGAAAACCCUUAAUAAUAGCAGCGAAGAAAGAGCGAGAUAUCAAAAGAUAA